GAUUAUUUUCCCGCCUAAAACACACCACAAAACAGGAAGAAUCUUAAAAAGGUUAUUUUAAUGUAUUUCGCCUAUUUUUAAGCUAAACCCGAAUAAAAAUGAUUAAUCAACAAAUAGUCGAUCAAGAUUUGCAAGAAAUCGUAAAAGAAUACGAGGAUUUCUUAGAUGAUGAGGAACAUCAAGGUAAAUAUGUAACCCUUGUAAAAAGCAUGGUAGCCGAAAAUGGUAAACGAUUAAUUGUUAAUGUAAAUGAUUUAAGAAGAAAAAAUCCAACUCGAGCCAAACAUCUUUUAAACAACGCCUUCGAAGAACAACUUGCCUUUCAAAAAGCUUUAAAAGAAUUUAUCCCGAUCGCAGCUCCCGACUACGACAGUAAAACGUACGAAGAUGUUUUUAUUGGGUUUGAAGGGAGCUUUGGAAAUAAACACGUAACCCCGCGGAGUUUGCAUUCAAGAUUUUUGGGGAAUUUAAUUUGCGUAGAAGGAAUCGUAACUAAAUGUUCUUUGGUUUAUCCAAAGAUGGUAAAAAGCGUGCAUUAUUGUCCGGUUACUAAAAAAACGAUGGAGCGUCGUUACACGGAUUUAACUUCUUUAGAAGCAUUUCCAUCAAGCUCAGUUUACCCCACGAAAGAUGAUGAAGGCAAUACUUUAGAAACGGAAUUUGGUUUAUCAAACUAUAAAGAUCACCAAACAAUUUCAAUACAAGAAAUGCCAGAAAAGGCCCCUGCGGGGCAAUUACCCCGUUCGGUCGAUAUAAUUUGCGAUAACGAUUUAGUUGAUUUAUGUAAACCAGGGGAUCGGGUACAAAUCGUUGGGAAUUAUCGAUGUAUGCCCAAUAAACAAGGAAGUUUCACCACGGGAACUUUCCGUACGGUCGUUAUCGCCAAUAACAUCACUCAACUCAGCAAAGAAGCAAAUCCUUCGAUUUCAAGGGAUGAUAUCGCCAAAUGCAAACAAUUAGUUAAAGACAAUAAAAACGUUUUUAAUUUAUUAUCGAAAUCUUUAGCUCCGUCGAUUCACGGACACGAAUACAUCAAAAAAGCCAUUUUAUGCUUAUUAUUGGGCGGGGUCGAAAAAAACUUGCUUAACGGAACCCGGUUAAGAGGUGAUAUUAACGUUUUAUUAAUCGGAGAUCCAUCCGUUGCGAAAUCACAACUUUUACGAUACGUUUUGUGCACGGCUCCAAGAGCUAUACCAACGACGGGUCGUGGAUCCUCGGGGGUUGGUUUAACCGCUGCGGUUACGACGGAUCAAGAUACAGGGGAGAGACGUCUCGAAGCUGGGGCGAUGGUUUUAGCAGAUCGAGGUGUUGUUUGUAUCGAUGAAUUUGAUAAAAUGUCCGAUAUGGAUCGUACCGCGAUUCACGAAGUUAUGGAACAAGGAAGAGUUACAAUUGCGAAAGCUGGAAUUCACGCCAGUUUAAAUGCACGGUGUUCGGUUUUAGCUGCUGCUAAUCCUGUUUAUGGGAAAUACGACCAAUAUAAAACUCCGAUGGAAAAUAUUGGACUACAAGAUUCUUUAUUAUCACGUUUCGAUUUAUUAUUCGUCGUGCUUGAUACUGUGAAUGAAGAUACCGAUCUGAUGAUUUCCGAUCACGUUGUGAGAAUGCACCGAUAUAGGAAUCCUUUGGAACAAGACGGCGAAGUCCUCCCGAUGGGUUCAUCCGUAGAUAUGCUCAGCACUCACAAUCCAGAUUUAGAUGACGACAAAGAAACGGAAAUGUACGAAAAAUACGAUCCUUUAUUACACGGAGGAAGCCGCAAGAAAUCCGAUAAAAUCUUAAGCGUUGAUUUCAUGCGAAAAUACAUCCAUUUCGUAAAAAUUUUAAAACCAACAUUAACCGAGGAAGCCUCAGAAAUCAUCUCUGAUGAAUACUCUAAAUUAAGAUCGGAAGAUAUGUUAGAAUCCGAUGUCGCCAGGACCCAACCUGUAACAGCAAGAACUUUAGAAACGAUGAUUCGUUUAGCAACGGCUCAUGCAAAAGCUCGAAUGUCACGUUUUGUUGAAUCUCAAGACGCAAACGCCGCAAUAGAAUUGGUACAAUACGCGUAUUUCAAAAAAGUUCUCGAAAAAGAAAAGAAAAAACGUAGAAGAAACGACGACGAAAGUGAAAAUGAAGAGGAGGAAGUUGUUGGUACUCAAAGAAAUAAACGAACCCGCGGUAACAAUGUUGAUGAGGAUGAUGGGGUGCAUCCUUUACCUCAAACGCAAAGUUCGACGCGAUCGGAACCUGUACAAGAAGAACAAGACAUUGAAAUGGAAAAUGUUGCAGAUGAGCCAAUUAGUGGAGGAUCAAUUUCGGACGAUCGAUUGAGUAAAUUUAAAAGUUGCCUUCAAAAAACGUUUAGGGAGAAUCGCACGCAAUCUUUGAGUUUGGUUAAAGUUAAAGAUAGCGUUAAUUCGCAGUACUCAAACGAGCCGUUUUCUCAAAGCGAAAUUAACGCCGCCGUUGAAAGAAUGACGGAGGAUAAUCAGGUUAUGUUAUCGGAUGGAAUUGUUUUCUUAAUUUAAGAUUUUUUUGUAAUAAAUUUUAUUUUCAAUAUUA